AUGACUAACAAGCACGCCCCACGCCGCAGCUUGCCUGUGAGCACCAGUAGCAGCGCAGCAGUGAUCAGACGAGCCACGCGGAGGCGCAGCAGGGGAGCGCCCCCGCCUCCCAAGCCGCAGGGCCUUCGGGGAUCAGGUGUGUUUCGCCGUGUGAUGGUGUUCUCGCUGGGCGUCACCAUCAGGGUCCAAGUUUUCCAAGUCUGCGGGCAAGGAGGGCAAGGAGUCGCCCAAGGCGUCGCGCAAGGACAAGGAGCGGCGAGGAGCGGGAGGGUCCGAGGGUCGCCGCGGGGAGGUCACAAGACCCACCGAGACCCUCGCGGAGAGAGUCGCGACAGGAGCGCCAAAAAGGGCGACAAGCUCACGCUCGAGUUGGAUGGCGGCUCGCGCCCCCAGCGCCCCCCAGUGCCCCUGCCAGCCAAUGCCGAGAAGGACUCCCGGCCCCCUGCGCCGGGUCCGCGGCCGGAGACCGCAGGGCACGCAGCCUCAGAGUCAGACCAGCCACCCGCUCUACCGCCCAAAGAAAAGGACCACAAGGAGCACAGCCACAGCAGCCACCAGGAUCAGGCCCCAGCAAUGCAGCAGCAGACUGUCGUGACGACCCCCGGCAGCCCCCUCCCCCCAGGCACUCCAGGCACGGGCAUCCCGAAGCCCACGGCCCACGUGAAGGGCCAGACCAAGGUGGUGCCCCCCGAGCGGUCUGCGCCCCCGACCCCCACCGCCUCGCCCAACGUCAACACGUCCCAUCAGGCCAAAGACUACAACAAGAUGGUCCGGCCCGCAGGCACGCCCUCCACGCCUAAAAUCGGAGGCAGCAGCGCUCCGCGGACGGCAGGGACACCCUCGGGUGGGGAGGCCAACGCAGCUCAAGAGUGCCGCGACCCGAAGGGCUCUCUGCCGCGCCAAAAGCAGCUGGGCAGACGGGAGGACUCCGCGACGGGCAUCAGCGUGGCGAUGGUGAGUCCAUGCCCAACCCACGCGAGAAGGACAUGGUCACGCCCUCCGAAUCGGGCUCCAACAUCAGCGAGUCCUCCAGAGCAACAGCGGCCACAGCAACAGCACUUCCUCCGGCAACUCCUCCGUUAUCUACAAGCCCACGAGUUCCGAGGACGACAGCGUCUCCGACCUGAAGACUCACAUGAGAAAGGUGGAGGAGAAGGCGAGGGAGAAGAGGGCGACGAAGUCAUUCUGAAUAUCAAGCCCAUGCAGCCGCUGGUGAGGGCUUGCAGUAUGGCUACAUGA